CCGUACGUAAAGGGUACAUGCUGACAAGGUAGGCAGAGAGCUGCGUGAAGUCUCCUACCCCUGGUUUCAAUGGUGGAAACUGUUUUUUACUUAUUUUUGUAGCCAUGCCUAUGAAAGGACGAUUCCCCAUUAGGAGAACACUAGAAUAUCUUCAGAAAGGGGAGAUUGUCUUCAAAAAUACAGUGAAGAUCAUGACGGUCAAUUACAACACGCAAGGAGAGCUAAGCGAUGGGGCAAGAAAGUUUGUAUUUUUUAACGUUCCUCAAAUUCAGUACAAAAAUCCUUGGGUUCAAAUCGUGAUGUUCAAAAAUAUGACUCCAUCGCCAUUCCUCAAGUUCUACCUUGAUGACGGUGAGCAGGUUUUGGUGGAUACAGAGGGGAAAGACCACAAAGAAAUUACCCAUCAUGUCAAGAAGAUCAUGGGCAAGACCCAAGAAGAGCUACAGGCUGAGGCCCUGGCCAGGAUGGUGGCUUCAAACCCAGCCAACUUUGGGCCCAAGAAGUACUGCCUGAAGGAGUGCAUGUGUGAGGUAGAGGGGCAGGUGCCGUGCCCAGGCCUGGUGCCUCUGCCUAAAGAAAUGACGGGCAAGUUUAAGGCCCAGAUGAAGGCAGCCGAGAGCUGAAGGAGAGCAGUUGGGACUCUUGUAUAUACUGGACUAUGAACACUGCAGCUCUUUUUUUUUUUUUACAAUAAAGAACUUAAGAACACCUGAA